AGGAUUCCUCACAGCUCUCAGACACUCCAGAAUCUGCUCAGUCUGCAGAGCUCCAGAACGUAACGGCUGCAGAAUCUCCACAAAGGCUCCACAAUCUUCAGAAACUCUUCAGAACCGCCAAAGUCUCCUCCAUUUCCAGAACCUGAAGUCUACAGAACCUGCAGAAUCUUCAGAAACUCCAAAAGUCUCCAGAAUCUCCACUAUCCGAAGCAGAAUGAAGCGCAUAGUUGUGUGCGUUUCUUUACUGACGGUCUUCUUCACUCUGGCUGAAGGUAUGAGUCUUCAUGGGCUGGGUGUAGAACCACGGUGUCGCUGCAGUGGAACCGAAAGCAGACGGAUCGGCAAACUGAUCGAGAGCAUAGAGCUCUUCCCUCCAAACCCCCACUGCAAAGACACUGAGAUCAUUGCGACAUUGAAGAGCAACGGUCAGGAGAUCUGUCUGGAUCCUAAAGCACCUUGGGUCACAAAAGUGAUUGAGAAGAUUUUGGCCAAGCGGUCAUCGUAAAGCCCAACUCUCUUCUCGUCCGGCGCGGGACUCCUUAGGGCCUGUGGUCCUUCCAUCUUCUUCUGACCCUCACUCUCAAAUCAGACAGAGCACUCAGGAGGAUGAUUAUUUUUUUAUUUAUCAGUAUUUAUAUAAUAUCUAUUGUUAUUUAUUCGUUAAUUCUGCAUUAAUACACAGAGUUUAUGUACGGUGUGUAAAUAUUGUACAAGUUCACACAGUUCUCACACAGGAGUUUUUAUUAAGACAUGGCAUUAUUUUUUAUUGCUUAUUGUUAAUUCUGUAUUGUUCUUAUAUGUUUUAUAUACGUUAAUAAAAUAAAUACUUUUUUAAAAAACA